UAAUCGAAAAACCAAAAAGAAACGCAGCGGAGAGAGAGAGAGAGAGAGAAUGGAUAGGGCGUUCUCGGUGGAUGAUAUCUCCGGCCAGUUCUGGUCGUCGUCGCCGCCGCCGCCGCCGCCGGCCGCGGUGAGGCCGUCGUCAUCGUGCCGGUCCGAGGCGGGCGAGCCGUCGCCGCCGUCCAGGAGGAUGAUGAACCGGAGCGAGUCCGAGUGGGCGUUCCAGCGCUACCUCCAGGAGGCCUCCGUCACCCCCGCCGCGUCCUCCGCCGGCGGCGGCGAGGAGGGCGACGUGGUCGAGAUCAAGGGGGGCGUGCGCCCGGAUCGGAACCGGGUUCCGGACCCGAUCCGGAAGCAGCCGCCCAAUCCGAAUGCGGCGAGUAAGAACGCGAGCGAGGUCGGUACAGGGCCCCCGCCGGCGCCGUCGGCCCCGUGCGUCGAUGGCAUUGCUCCGCCGUUCAACGGGGCGGCGCCGCCGACGAACUCCGAGGAGUACCAGGCUUUCCUCAAGAGCAAGCUCAACUUGGCUUGCGCUGCUGUUGCUAUGUCUCGGGCACCAUUUGUCGUAAAUCAAGAUUCUGGAACUCAAUCUGACAACUCUCAGGCUUCGAAGGCACAACUGGGAUCUCAAGCUCCCUCGAAAGGAGUUGGGCCUGAUUUGUCCAAGUCACAAGAUGAGGGUGCUGGCGGAUUAGUUGGGAUACCUUCCUUACCAGCCAUGCCAAAGAAAUCUGGGAUUCCUGUGAGGUCGACAACAAGUGGAUCUUCAAGAGACCUAUCAGACGAUGAUGAAGUUGGAGAAACUGCAACUACUGACCAUUUGGCUCCUGCUGAUGCAAAGCGUGUGAGGAGGAUGCUUUCCAACCGAGAGUCUGCCAGACGCUCGAGAAGAAGAAAACAAGCUCAUUUGACUGAGCUCGAGACACAGGUUGCUCAAUUAAGAGCUGAGAAUUCUACUUUACUGAAACGUCUCUCGGACAUAAGCCAGAACUACAAUGUAGCGGCUGUUGACAACAGAGUUUUGAAAGCUGACGUUGAAACCUUGAGAGCAAAGGUGAAGAUGGCUGAGGAGACAGUUAAAAGACUAACCGGACUGAACCCAAUGUUCCAUGGAAUGUCCGAGAUGUCUCCUGUGGGUGUGCCACUGUUUGAUGGGAGUCCUUCCGAUACAUCGGCGGACGCUGCGGUUCCUGUGCGAGAUGACUCCAAGCACCAAUUCUAUCAACCCAAGUCUGGUAACCCUGCGUCAUCUGCUAAGGAUAUGAGAGUCAACAAUGGGUUGGUGGAUAUUCCCGCGGCCAAAAAUGCGCAGCAGAGUGGAGCGGGCAAGGAAAAUGCGCAGCCGAAUGGAACCGGCAAGAUGGGAAGAACGGCCUUAAUGCAGAGAGUGGCCAGUUUAGAGCAUUUGCAGAAGCGCAUUCGUGGGGAUUCGAGUCCUCAUGGCCCCCCGUGUGACGGAGAACAGUAGUAGCAAUAGACUAGCGAGAGGGUCAAUCAUUUGGUGGAUAUUUACUAAUUCAUUAAUCGAAGUGCAAAUAUACAGUUUUGCUAAUCGUUUUUGUUCAACUGUUGGUAUAGAUUCAUUAAACUUUCCCCCUUUUCCCCCCAAUACAUGGCGAUUUUGCGGCAAA